CCCAUAUUUGGCAGCACAGCUACUAACAUCCUUUUGUUUUUCUUUUUGUUUUGCCUUGUUAGCAAGGCAUUAUUAAAGCGGCCGAGUAGGAUGAUAGUAGAGUUCAAAGAUGUCGUUGUUUUUUGAGUGCUUUGGCGAUGUCCAAUUGUACAUACGUGAAAAGAGAAGCUGACCGGCAACGGCUUCUGCCCCAACAUUGUAUACUAUCUAAUUUCAUGUUGGGGUAUGGCUGCUUUGCUUGGCAAGCCAGCGUGCUAAUGUGAUUCUUUUGUUUUGGUGGUGCGAUUCAUAUAUAGCUCUUUUAGGAAUGAUCUUUCAUGUGCAGCUCGUGGAUUAUUUAUUGCUUGGAUUAGUUAAAUUUGCCGUCUUUUUUUCUUUUGUUUUCUUUUAUCUCCAGUGUGUUUUGAAUAUUUGUUUUUGCAUAAGCAGAAGUUUCAAUGAGGGUGUUUGUUGGGAAAGGCAAUCAACAUGAUUGAAGGGUCAGUUGGAGGUAGGCAGUUAGAAUACAUGGUUGGUAUCACUUAACCAUCUCCUAACCUUCAAUCAUUCUUUCGGGUUUUCACAAUAAAAUUAUCAAACGAAACUACUACUUAAGCUGGCGGCAAACGGCAGUUUCUGCAAAUCUCUAUCCAUUAGGAAUUCUGAGUGCGCGUGAAUGGGGCAAGGCACAGAUUUGAGAGUAACCAUGGAUCAAAACCAAAAACAAGACAAGGGGAAUCUCCAUAGACCAGGCAUUGAUGCAAUGCUAAUGGCUCCCAAAAUGCCAAAGGCAGUGACACCAAUCUCUGCAGUUGAGGGUGACAACAUUAGGCGGCCUCGAGGGAGGCCAGCAGGCUCCAAAAACAAGCCUAAGCCACCCAUCAUUGUCACUCGUGACAGUGCUAAUGCAUUAAGAGCUCAUGCAAUGGAGGUGAGCACAGGCUGUGAUGUAAAUGAGAGUCUAGUUAAUUUUGCAAGGAGAAAGCAGCGUGGCAUUUGUGUACUUAGUGGGAGCGGGUGUGUAACCAAUGUCACACUCAGACAACCAGCCUCGUCUGGUGCAAUUGUUACUCUGCAUGGCCGGUAUGAGAUUCUCUCCUUGCUUGGAUCAAUCCUGCCCCCACCAGCCCCACCUGGGAUUACAGGGCUAACCAUUUACCUGGCUGGGGCUCAGGGGCAGGUAGUGGGUGGAGGAGUAGUUGGUGCACUCAUUGCUUCUGGUCCUGUUCUGAUCAUGGCCGCAUCCUUCAUGAAUGCCACCUUUGAUCGUCUACCAUUAGAUGAUGAUGAAGUUGCUGCAGCUAGGCAGAAUCAAUAUCACCAGAAUGGUCGGCACCAUCACCUGGACAUUUCUGAUUUGCAUGGGAUGCCACAGAACUUGAUUACCAAUGGCACUACCCCUCCUGAGAUAUACUCUUGGACUCCUGGACGAACUAUGUCAAACACCUAACCUGCUUAGCAAGCAUUCCUUUGGAGAUUCUCACAUCCUCCAAAUAUCAUCAUCUAGUGCUAUUAUUUAUUAAGCUUUCUCAUAGCAGUAUCUUCACAGCCUUAGUUGCAGAUCCAUAUGGAAAUUAGUGCAUCUUUUCUCUCUAGCAUUCAUCAGCCAAGCAUAUCUUGUUUGAAUGCAAGUGUGAUUUUAAAUACAAUGGAUCUCCAUCACAUAGUUUCUGAAGUAUCAGCAGGUACCAUGCACAUAAAUACCGAUAGGCUUAAGAUAUA